AUGGUGGACAUCUUUGCUGCCCUGCAUUACACAGAGGAGAGGCAGGUGACUUUUGUUGUCUUCCAACUGGAAGGGGCAGUCCGUUCCUGGUGGAACGUAAUAAGACAGAAAUGGGACCGAGAACAGAUGCCCAGGACAUGGGUGAACUUCAUGAGGGAGUUCAACGCUAAAUUCUUCCCUCCUCUGAUUCAAGAACGGAAGGAAGACGAGUUUAUCCGGUUUCGCCAGGGAACUCAGACUGCAGCCGAUGAUGUAGUGGAGAAGGCUCAACAAGUGGAAAAUGCCAGGCUACAAGUGAGAAACUUCCAGGCAAAGAAGCGAGGAUUUUCUGAAAGUAGUUCGGAACAGGGGGAUAAGAGUACCCCUCCCAAGUUUGGACGGGGAACUGGAGAAGGAAGGAUGCCGGGAAUGUCAAGAGGGGCCCCGUCAAGAGGUGGACAAGUUGGGAGAGGUCAAAGAGGAGGUUUCCAAGGAGGUUCAGCUUCUGCAUCUCGCGGACCCUGCGAGUAUUGUGGAAAGUCAAACCACACGGAGGACAAUUGUUGGAAGAAAGAGAUAAAAUGUUUGCGUUGCGGAAGUGCAGACCACCAGCUUGCCAAUUGUCCGGUUCUAUCACGAGAUGGAAGGGGAAGCCAGCAACCGACGAUGACCAAUUCCGAACCAGCUAAGGUGGAAGGGACUAAACCCAAGGUAUCGGCUCGAGUAUAUUCACUGGGGCCACAACAGGUCCCCGAUUCUUCUGAAGUUGUAGAAGAUACGAUUCCUGUAUUCCACCGAUUUGUGAAAGUUUUAGUAGAUCCUGGUGUUCAAGAAGAACUAAAGAAGUUAGCAAUCAAUGAUCAUGACUCUGCUUCACCAGAAACUGAUUUAAAGGAUGCUGAUACUCAGACAGUCCAGCUGGAGAAGUGA